CGUGCAUCUCCUGACCUUUUAAUUGUGGUUCGCUCUUGCUCUUCUAGCCAAAUCCGGGAGAUGGAUUUGGCUCCGUCUUCCUUCAAUCUGAGAACUCUACUCGCUCUACCAGCCAGAUGUCACUGAUCACUCUAGAGCAACUCCUCCGCGAGGAGGAGGAGGUGGCGGGCAAGGGAGGGGCUUCGCGCUUCUCCGAUAAGCCCCGAGAGAUCGAUUUAUACAAGGAGGAAGGUCGAGAGAUGAUGAUCGACGCGGCUAGCAAUGGGGUUCUGCCGCUUCUGCAUCAGCAGAUGAUUCUGACUGAAAGCAGCGGAGAGGAUCUCGAGGUGAAGGCCCCGAAGAAAAGGGCAGAGACGUGGGCACAAGAAGAGACACGAGGCCUCAUUAGUUUGAGGAGGGAGAUGGAUAGGCUGUUCAAUACCUCCAAGUCUAAUAAACAUUUAUGGGAGCAAAUCUCCGCAAAGAUGAGGCAUAAAGGAUAUGAUCGGUCGGCAACAAUGUGCACGGAUAAAUGGCGGAAUUUACUCAAGGAGUUUAAGAAGGCCAAGCAUCAGUAUCGGAGUGGUGGAACUGUAAAGUUGCCUUAUUAUAAGGAGCUCGACGAGUUGCUCAAGGAUAGGAGCAAGAACGCAGCUUCCAAGAAUCCCAUGCCGUCCAAGGUUGAUUCAUGCUUUCGCUUUUCCGAAAAAG